GGCCGCAGCUCCCGCACCUCCCGGGGGGGCCGCCUCCUCGGCGCCGCUGAGGCCCAGGACAGACAGACUAAUCUGCCCUCCCCCGCUCAAACCGGGAUCAUGACGGUCCCCAAGGAGAUGCCUGAGAAGUGGGCCCGGGCCGGGGCUCCCCCUUCCUGGAGUGGAAAGAAGCCCUCUUGGGGGACAGAAGAAGAAAGGAGGGCGCGGGCCAAUGAUCGAGACUAUAAUGAGAAAUUCCAGUAUGCGAGUAACUGCAUCAAGACCUCCAAGUACAAUAUUCUCACCUUCCUGCCUGUCAACCUCUUUGAGCAGUUCCAAGAAGUUGCCAAUACCUACUUCCUGUUCCUUCUCAUUCUGCAGUUGAUUCCACAGAUCUCGUCCCUGUCCUGGUUCACCACCAUUGUGCCUUUGGUUCUUGUCCUCACCAUCACAGCUGUUAAAGAUGCCACUGAUGAUUAUUUCCGCCACAAGAGCGAUAACCAGGUGAAUAACCGUCAGUCUCAGGUGCUGAUCAAUGGAACCCUCCAGCAAGAGCAGUGGAUGAAUGUCUGUGUUGGUGAUAUUAUCAAGCUAGAAAAUAACCAAUUUGUGGCGGCGGAUCUUCUCCUCCUUUCCAGCAGUGAGCCCCAUGGGCUGUGUUACAUAGAGACCGCAGAACUCGAUGGAGAGACCAACAUGAAGGUGCGUCAGGCGAUUCCUGUCACCUCAGAAUUGGGAGACAUCAGUAAGCUUGCCAAGUUUGAUGGUGAAGUGAUUUGCGAACCUCCCAACAACAAACUGGACAAAUUCAGUGGAACCCUCUACUGGAAGGAGAACAAAUUCCCCCUGAGCAACCAGAACAUGCUGCUACGGGGCUGUGUGCUUCGAAACACCGAGUGGUGCUUCGGGCUGGUCAUUUUUGCAGGUCCUGACACUAAGCUGAUGCAAAACAGUGGCAGGACAAAGUUCAAGAGAACAAGUAUUGAUCGCCUCAUGAAUACAUUGGUGCUCUGGAUUUUUGGAUUCCUGGUCUGCAUGGGGGUGAUCCUGGCCAUUGGCAAUGCCAUCUGGGAGCAUGAGGUUGGGACCCGCUUCCAGGUCUACCUGCCAUGGGAUGAGGCGGUGGACAGUGCCUUCUUCUCUGGUUUCCUGUCCUUCUGGUCCUACAUCAUCAUUCUCAACACCGUUGUGCCCAUAUCGCUCUACGUCAGUGUGGAGGUCAUCCGUCUGGGCCACAGCUACUUCAUCAACUGGGAUAAGAAGAUGUUCUGCAUGAAGAAGCGGACGCCGGCAGAGGCCCGCACCACCACCCUGAACGAGGAGCUGGGCCAGGUGGAGUACAUCUUCUCCGACAAGACGGGCACCCUCACCCAGAACAUCAUGGUCUUCAACAAGUGCUCCAUCAAUGGCCGUAGCUAUGGUGACGUGUUUGAUGUCCUGGGACACAAAGCUGAAUUGGGAGAGAGGCCUGAACCUGUUGACUUCUCCUUCAAUCCUCUGGCUGACAAGAAGUUCUUAUUUUGGGACCCCACCCUCUUAGAGGCUGUCAAGAUGGGGGAUCCCCACACACACGAGUUCUUCCGCCUCCUUUCCCUGUGUCAUACUGUCAUGUCAGAAGAGAAGAACGAAGGGGAGCUGUACUACAAGGCCCAGUCCCCGGACGAGGGGGCCCUGGUCACUGCAGCCAGGAACUUUGGUUUUGUAUUCCGCUCUCGUACCCCUAAAACCAUCACUGUCCACGAGAUGGGCACAGCCAUCACCUAUCAGCUCCUGGCCAUCCUGGAUUUCAACAAUAUCCGCAAGCGGAUGUCAGUCAUAGUGCGGAAUCCAGAAGGGAAGAUCCGACUCUACUGCAAAGGGGCUGACACGAUCCUGCUGGACAGACUCCACCACUCCACACAAGAGCUGCUCAACACCACCGCUGACCACCUGAAUGAGUAUGCGGGCGACGGACUGAGGACCCUGGUGCUGGCCUACAAGGAUCUGGAUGAAGAGUACUAUGAGGAGUGGGCUGAAAGGCGCCUGCAAGCCAGCCUGGCCCAGGACAGCCGGGAGGACAGGCUGGCCAGUGUGUAUGAGGAGGUUGAGCGUGACAUGAUGCUGCUGGGUGCAACAGCCAUUGAGGACAAGCUGCAGCAAGGGGUUCCAGAGACCAUUGCCCUCUUGACUCUGGCCAACAUCAAGAUUUGGGUGCUCACUGGAGACAAACAAGAGACGGCCGUGAACAUUGGCUACUCCUGCAAGAUGCUGACAGAUGACAUGACAGAAGUGUUUAUUGUCAUGGGCCACACUGUCCUGGAAGUGCGGGAAGAGCUCAGGAAAGCCCGGGAGAAGAUGAUGGAUUCACCCCGCACAGUGGGCAAUGGCUUCGCCUACCAGGAGAAGCUCUCUUCUUCCAAGCUCACUUCUGUCCUGGAAGCUGUGGCUGGGGAGUACGCCCUGGUCAUUAAUGGGCACAGCCUAGGCUCUCUUGUGUUCCAGGCACAUGCACUAGAGGCAGACAUGGAGCUGGAGUUUCUGGAGACAGCCUGUGCCUGCAAAGCUGUCAUCUGCUGCCGGGUGACCCCCUUGCAGAAGGCACAAGUGGUGGAACUGGUUAAGAAGUAUAAGAAGGCUGUGACGCUUGCCAUUGGGGAUGGAGCCAAUGACGUCAGCAUGAUCAAAACCGCUCACAUUGGCGUGGGCAUCAGCGGGCAGGAAGGGAUCCAGGCCGUCCUGGCCUCUGACUACUCCUUCUCCCAGUUCAAGUUCCUGCAGCGCCUUCUGCUGGUGCAUGGGCGCUGGUCCUACCUGCGCAUGUGCAAGUUCCUCUGUUACUUCUUCUACAAGAACUUUGCUUUCACCAUGGUCCACUUCUGGUUCGGCUUCUUCUGUGGCUUCUCGGCCCAGACCGUCUAUGACCAGUAUUUCAUCACCCUUUAUAACAUUGUGUACACCUCCCUCCCAGUUCUGGCUAUGGGGGUCUUCGAUCAGGAUGUCCCAGAGCAGCGGAGCAUGGAGUACCCUAAGCUCUAUGAGCCAGGUCAGCUGAACCUCCUCUUCAACAAGCGGGAGUUCUUCAUCUGCAUCGCCCAGGGCAUCUACACCUCCGUGCUCAUGUUCUUCAUCCCCUAUGGGGUGUUUGCUGAGGCCACCCGGGAUGAUGGCACACAGCUGGCCGACUACCAGUCCUUUGCAGUCACGGUGGCCACUUCGCUGGUCAUAGUGGUCAGUGUGCAGAUCGGCUUGGACACAGGCUACUGGACAGCCAUCAACCACUUCUUCAUCUGGGGCAGCCUAGCUGUUUACUUUGCCAUCCUCUUUGCCAUGCACAGCAAUGGGCUUUUUGACAUGUUUCCGAACCAGUUUCGAUUUGUAGGGAAGGAGAGACCCAGGAAGAGGAAACGGUGUUACCGAAGCCGAAGCCGGAGGUGGUGCCUGGCGGGAGGUCUUUGGCAGCAGAGGAGGUAUGUGUGUGUGGGGGAGAGUCACUCUAGGUCACUUAAGCUCUUCUAGGGCAGAGUAGAUCUCUAAGCAUGAGAGGAAGCCACUGGAGGAUUUUGAGCAGGAAGUGUCAUAAAUAGAUUAAAAAAAGGCUUGCUUUAACUGUUGUGGCUAAAAGGGGCAAAGGUAGAUAUGGGGAGACCAGUUAAGAGCUACAACAGGAAGCUAGGUGAGGGUGACGGUGGCUUGGGGAUAGAGAGAAAGCCAGGGGCGUAUAGGUAUUUUGAAAAUGGAUGUAGGCAUGCAUCCAAAAUUCCUAUGGGUGCUAGUAUAAGUUCUCAGUAUAUGUUUGAUGAAUGGACAGAAUGGAUGAAUGGAUGGAAUGAAAGAAUGAGAGGGAGGGAGGGAUCAAGGUCGACUUCAGGGCUUUUGGGAAGACGGGGAGCAGUUUGUGGUGGAAGAAACAUGGUUACUUGGGCCAUGUGAGCUUGAGAUGCCUGUUACCCAUUCAGUGAGAAGCCAAAUAAUCAAAUAAUCAGUGGGAAGCCAAAGAAUCAAAUCCAAUGUUUUGGGGAGAAUUUGGAGCUAGACUCAAAUUUGGAGAUAAGACGUUUGAGGAGCAGGGAGGAGGGGGAAGCCAGGGGUGACUUAGGUUUUGAGACUGGGGAGAUGGGGCUGUCAGGAACCAAAUUCAGAGGGCUGCCCUCUGUCUACUGUGUGACUCCUGUGCUGCC